AUCAUAUCACUGCUAGCUAAGUAGUAACGUAACCAUGAAGAGAUCAUGCAGCUUUAGUAGUUCAUAUUGUUGUUGGGUUCUAUCGGUGGUUCUCAUCUUAUUUGCAGUAGCAAGUGAUGGUCAGUUAACUACUGGUUUUUAUGCGAAUUCGUGUCCUAAUCUAUUCAGAGUUGUCCGGAAAGAGGUUCAGAAUGCCAUCAAGAAUGAGAUGAGAAUGGCAGCCUCCUUGCUUCGCCUUCAUUUUCACGACUGUUUUGUCAAUGGGUGCGAUGGAUCGGUGCUUUUGGACGGAAACAGUACAACAAGCGAGAAAUUUGCAGUGCCAAAUUUGAACUCUGCAAGAGGAUUUGAAGUGAUAGACUCCAUAAAGAACGCAGUGGAGAGUGCAUGCAGUGGAGUUGUAUCCUGCGCAGACAUAUUGGCCAUUGCCGCCAGAGAUUCUGUUGUCUUAAGUGGAGGGCCAACCUGGAGAGUGUUGCUAGGAAGAAGGGACGGAUUUUCACCCAAUUUCACAGCAGCUAAUGCUUCUGUACUUCCCGGACCCUUCGAUUCGCUGGACCAAAUCAUCGCCAAAUUCUCCGCCGUCGGCCUAAACCUCACCGACAUGGUAGCCUUAUCGGGUGCGCAUACAAUCGGCUUAGCAAAGUGCGCAGUGUUCAGCAACAGACUAUCCAACUUCCAGCAAACCGGCUCGCCCGACCCCACCUUGGACGCCUCCUUGAUUCCCGAGCUUCAAACCACCUGCCCCUCCAAUGGCGACGGCAACAACACCGCUCCUCUCGACCGAAACUCCACAGAUUUGUUCGACAAUCACUACUUCAAAAACUUGCUCAUCGGAAGAGGCCUCCUUCAAUCCGACCAAAUCCUCUUCUCAAGCGACGCUGCUCAGAACACUACCAACACCGUUGUUCAGACCUACAGCAACGAUUCCAAUCGCUUCUUCACUGAUUUUGUGACUUCCAUUCUUAAGAUGGGAAACAUCAGCCCUCUCACCGGUUCCGAUGGGGAGAUCCGAAAGAAUUGCAGAACCAGGAAUUAAAUUAAUUAAUAAUAAACCCACUCUAUCUCUGUCUAUAUAUAUAUUUACUAGUGUUUCAUAGUUGGUGUAGUGUGAUUUUACUUGAAUAUUGCGUGUUAGUUUGGAAUAAUGAAGGUAAGGGUAAGGGUAAAGUUUAUUCUACAAUACUCACUUUUAAAAA